UUGUCAACUGUCAACAGCAUCCACAAGGUUUAAAAAACUAAAACAGAAAAACUAUUUAAAAAAACAUCAACAUUUUCUAAUAUUAUAUUAUUACCUAGAUAUACUUUACAUGUUAUAGAUUAAUUUUAUAAGUAAUAAAUAAGAAUUUUCUUCAAAAUAAUGCCAAGGAGAAGCACUCGAAUUACAGCAGCAAAAAAGAAUGCAGAAAUUGAGUUCUUAAGUCAAACAAGAUUCAGUAAUUCUUCUGAUGAAGAAGAGUCUUCUGCAGAAAUCUUUCUGUAUGGUCGAGAUGCAACUAAGAAAAAAAAAUCAAGGAAAGCAACAAAAAGUAGGGGUAGGAAAUCAACAGCAGGACCAUCUAGGCAAAAAACAUCCACGAACAAGCGUCAAACUCUUCCCUCAAAAAGCACAUCCUUGCUUAUUUCAGAUACAGAUGAAGAGGAGGCUACAGAUAAUAAACGAAUACAAAAUAAUCAGGAAGAUGAAAUAAAGAAGAAAUUGGAUACAUUUUUCGAUGCAUUGGAUUCUGAUGAUGAUAUACAAUUUGGUACUAAAAAUGAUGAACAGGUGUUAUCAGUGCCUCAUGGGAAGAAGGAUAAGCCAUUUUACGAAAUUUCUUCCGAUUCUGAACCUGAGGAUAAGCCAUCUACUUCAGCCAGCACCUCAAAAUUUAGUUUUGAUCAUAAACCUGAAACACUUAGUAGUAGUACCAGUAGUCUAAAAUCCAAAGGAAAUAAACCAAAUAAUUUGUUUGACUUUGUUGAUGAUAUUUUGAAGGAUUGUGAUUUAGUAAAUGUUUGCAAAGAUAAAAUAAAGGAGAAUAUUCCAGUAUCUAGCUUAGAGGAUCUAGUAAAAAAGACCAACGAUAUUAUAGGCAAUGUUUCAAAUUUAGUGGGAGAUCUACAAGCAAAACCUGAAGAACCGAAGAAAAAUGAUGAGAAGGAACCUCCCUGCUGUCCAAUAUGUUUAGAAACCCUAGACGGCAAUAUAAAAAUAAUGGUAACCAUGUGUGGACAUCUAUUUUGUGAACCGUGUAUAAUUCAGGUUGCAAAGACAGUGAAAAAAUGUCCAACAUGUAGGAAGACAGUUACGAAGACCAAAUACCAUCCAAUUUAUAUUUAAGUUUAUUUAUGUGUGUUUAGAUAUUUAUUUUUUUUAUGAAUCUUAGUAUAUUUUUGUAAAUUUGAUAAUUGAGAUUUGAAUAGAAUUAUUAUAGUAAACAUGCUUUAGCAUCUCGUACCUUAGAAAUGUGUUUGUGUAUUUUUUGUAUGUUUGAUUUUUAUUGAAUGAAGUAAUGUUAUGAAGUAAAUAUUAAUUAGAUU